UGCUUCACCAGACUCGUGAGACCUCUCCAGAGAGACCCGAGCCAGCCGCGAUGAAGCUCAUCACCCCGGCCCUGGUGUGCCUGCUGCGGGUGGGGACGUGGCUGCAGGAUGGGGACGCUGGAGCCGAGAAGUGGGUGCACGUGCCGUCUUCCUAUGGUUGCUUCACAUUUGUGAAGAAAGCGAUUUCCCUGAGGAGCACGUGUUACAGCAACUCCAGUUCCUCCUGCUCCCACCGGGUGGUCUAAUGUGAGUGCCAUUCCCUGCUCCGUUCCUGACGUCCUCCUCCGGAGAACAGAAACCGCUACUGGAAUUCGAGUAGCGGACGCUAGGUGGCGAUGUCCCACCAGAUUAAGGUUUCUAAACCCUGGGAGCAAGGCCUUCAAAACCUGGGUGCAUAGCUGAGUGUGGGCGCCAGGGGGAGCUCCGCGCGUCCUCGCCUGCGCCAGGAGGCUGCACUGGUGUGUCCUGCAGUGACUAGAGUCUUGGCGCUCCCAGGAGCCAAGUGUUCCAUCCUAACACUGUAUGUCAUGCCCAGGGCAAGGAACUGCUGACACGCUCCCGGUAUGACUGCACAGUAGGAAGAGUGAGGGGGUCACGACUAGUUCCUGACUCCAGAUUUGCCAACCUCUAGUCUUGGGUGCCCUUGGCCCGUGGCUCUCUGCCCUGCAUUCUCCAGGCGCGCCUUUGCACUCCUGCCUGUGAGCUGGAGCAGGUACCAUAGCUGCACCCCAGGGUCCUCACAACCUUGACGGAGGUAGUUGACAGUUGAGGUGUAUAUUGACUUGGUUAACCAACUCGGGGCACAUCUUUUCAUGAUCACAAAAACUGAGGUUCAGGGAGGUGGGAAGAGUUCUUGGAGAUCACCCAGAUAAUGAAGGCAGAAUCGGUCUGCUGUUAGGGCCAUCGCCAAGCUCAGGAGGUGGGCAGAUCAGAAAAGAACCACACACCCACACACAUCCUUAGAAUGACGGAACGGAGACACGGGAAGAGGUGAGCAGAGGGGCCCUCCAAGAUAUGCCAGGAGGGGAAUGGAAUUUUCCAUGCUAGCUCAUCCUCAGGAUGUGUGCAGCCUUCAGCUCCACUCUGACGCGCGGUGAAAAUCUCAGGGAAAGGGGUGCAGGAAAGGCCGUUGAACAAGCUCCCUUGCCAACUGCACCCUGCCCCGG